UUUUUAUUUUAUUCUCUGCAUUCAAUCGUUCCACCACUUUCACGAACCCUAAUCGUUAAAUUUCUUCAUCAAAGAACUACGAAUGGCGUGGAGGAACCAAUUAUCUCGAAAUCUCAAAGAGCUACGGAUUCUGUUUUGCCAAACAUCUCCUGCCAGUGCCCCCGCUAGAUUGUUCGUGGAGAAGAAUUACAAGGAUCUCAAGACUUUAAACCCUAAGCUUCCAAUCCUCAUCCGUGAAUGCCGUGGGAUAGAGCCCCAAAUGUGGGCUAGAUAUGAUAUGGGUGUCGAGAAGGGCAUUCGCUUGGAAGGUUUGAGCGAGCCACAGAUUUUGAAAGCACUAGAAGACCUUGCCAAAGCAGGGGCAUCGACCAAAGCCUAACCAUAUUGCUACCAUUGAAUCCAAAAGGUUCGAAAUAAAACUCAUGUCUUUUGAGGAACUGUUUCCUUUUAAUGGUUGUUGUGGUCUUCCCUCUGUUUUCAGCCAUCAUAACUGAUUUUGUGAGAUGAUUGUUGAAAGUUGUCAGUAUUUGUGUUCUUUCCCUUGCAUUGCCUUUGCCUUGUAAGGUUUCAAAUACCCAAGAAACUUCCUCUUGAUUACUUGUUUGCUGUUAUUUUCCUUUGUCCUUGUUAGCAAACAUGUUAAUUAUAAACACUUAUCAAUCACCAAUAAGUUCCAAAUUUUUUUA